CAGCAGUUUCGGAUCAUGGUAGAAAGACGGAAGUCUUUUGGUGUCAAGGCUCAACAGCAAAUGUACCAUCAGGAAAAAGAAAUAUAUUCACUGAAGCAGGACCAUGAAGAGAUUGCAUUACUCUUGAGCCUCACAAAGUCACAGAGAAAUAUGAUGUUAGAUGACAGAAAUUGUAUGGAGCUUAAAUUUCUUUUACAGACCAAAGAGGAAUAUGAUUCUCUGAUUAGAGCAACCAAAGCCCUGAUAGCUGAACUUGACGAUAAGGUAGUGGAGAUGGAAAAAAAGAUCAAAACCCAAAAAUUGGUUGUAGUAAAGGUGAAACAAGUGAAUGAUAGCAAAUGGCUCCAAAAGCAGAUUCAGAUGCUGGAGAAUCGCCUGAACCAUGUCACUGUCCAUUUCGACACCAUCCUGACCACGAAUGCCACACUCAGAGAAGAGAUUGAAAACCUGCGAUGUCAGAAAGCUAUUUUUGACAACUUCUAUUCAAAACUUCAUAAAACACUAGAUCAGCAGAAGAAAACAAUGGACACUGCAAUUGAGCAGUCCAGCCAAGCAUACGAACAGCGGGUGGAGGCACUGGCACGGAUUUCCGCCAUGAAGGAAAGGCGCUGCAAAGACAUCGCACAGUAUAAUGUGGAAUUCAGGGAACUGGAACGUGUCUUUGACCACGAGACCAAGCUGAAAGCCUUUAUGCUCAUCAAAUUAGUGGAUCGCUCAGACUUUGAGGAACAGGCCAAAAGGGAAGAAGCCCUCAAGGCAAGCAAGCGGACCAGAAAGAGCAAAGGCGAAAGCUUUGAGAGCUACGAGGUGGCUUACAUGCGCCUGCUGAAGCUGAGUGAGGACGGGGACAUUGGCCAGCUGGUGGCAGAUUUCAUCGAGAAAGAGGAGAAGAACUUUGCGUAUUUCAGCUACGUCACCGAGCUGAACAACGAAAUGGAGAGGCUGCAGAAGAACACACAGAACAUGCAGAAUGAAAUUCUUCACUUAAAAUCCCAACAGAAGUUUGCUGAUGACAAAAGCAACACCAGCCUCAAGGAGAUGGAGGAGAAGCUGAAGAAAACCACCGAAGAGGCCAACCUGUAUGAGUACACCUGUAAAGAGAGCAGCAAGGUCCUGGACCAGCUCAAAUCCGCUGUGGACUUUCUGUUUAAACAAAUACACUGCGAGGACACCAAGAUAAUGGAGCAGCUUGGUGAGAGUGGGGAGAUCACGGAUCUGAACCUGAUGCAGUAUUUUGGUAUCAUAGAAAAGAAAACCAAUGAUCUCCUGCUCAUUGAAUCCUUCCUGCGCUAUAAGGAGGUCGAGGGAGAGCAGGAUUCGCUCCCUUUAUUGAAUCCAUUUUUGGGUGGCACAGGACUCCUUAAAAGUACAGAUGCAGCGAAAUUCCCCCCAUCUUCCCCUACCAUAGAGCACAUGGCAGAGAACAUAGAGGACUUUGAUUGGCCUUUGGACCAUGGCAGUUUGCGCAACCUGAUUACUGAGAACUUCGAGAAGGAAAAGUCCAGUGGGAUCUCGCUGGACAAAGAGAAGAAGAGAGGGAUAAUUUUAUAGACCGGGGAAAGCAAAUACACUGGGUAUAAAUAAUAGGUUCUUAAUUCACUUGAAAUCAAAAUCCGAUUCUGUGCUUAAUUUAAACAAAGCUAACUUUACGUCUCUGGAAUGCUAGUACUGUCUUGUAUUUACAAUAGCCUUUGCCAUCCGGCAGGAUCCCAAAGCCUUUUACAAACUUAAAACAAAGCUCUACAAAUUAUAGGCAGGCAUCACAUAUAAUGAAAUGCAACCAUUUCUGGGGUGGAAAGGAGGGCAGCAGCCGUCUAACAAUAGUUCACAACAGUUUGACUGCGGCACUGGGACUAGCGUCCUCUGUGUUGCAAAAUGCUGGUGCACUAAGUGCAUAGGCAUUUAAUGGCCACAGGUGGGCAUGACCUCACAUCUCCAUCUCCUCUGCCUGUGCAAACUGCCAUGGGCUCUUCAGCAUCUGCACAGAGCAGGCAAGCCCCUGUUUAAAGUCCCCACAGAAUAAACCAAGGGAUGGAGGCCUGAAUUGAUGCUGCACUUCCAAGUGUUUCAGACCUGAGAUGAUUCUUCUGUUGGACCGUGACUGCCUCUCACCUCUUAGUACGUGGGGCUGGCUCCUCGGCUGUAGAGCGCCAUUGAAUUCAAUAGAGCUGAUUUACCCCAGCUGAGGAUCUAGUCCAUGAUUUUUAACAUCUCUGGGUUUUUUUUUCCAAUUAACAAAUAUUCUGUCUGUAGACAAACACUGGCGAGAAUCCCAGAGAACUAGACAUACGGGGGGAAACUAGAAAGCAGGAGAGGCACUGUUUGAGUAGGACUCUGGACAGCUGGGCUCUAAUCCUAGCUCUGCCACUGGCCUCCUGAGUGACCUCAGGCAACUCACAUCCAGGGCUCUGUGCCUCAGUUUCCCCAUCUGUAAAAUGGGGAUAAGGAUACUGACCUCCUUUGUAAAGUGCUUUGAGAUCUACUCAUGAAAAGCUUUGUAUAAGAACUAUGUGGUGUUGUUAUCACUAUAGAAAAGCUCAAAAGUGGAAGCAACCAGCCUGACUGUUAGCUACUGCCUGAUCUUCCAGUCUGAAACAGACAUUGAUACCCUUAGAUGCUUUUGAAGAUCUCACUGACAGUUCCUGUUCCAAGGACAGAGGAGACUCUGACAAGAUGCCUGGGAGAUCCAGAGAGGUGGCGGUAGCUUGGAAAGCUUUCUCACUUCGGGUGGUGAUGGUUUUGUAGCCACGUGGGACAGCAGUCUUGUGCGCUUUGCCGAAGUGGGUUUUUUUCCAGAGGGGUGUGAAUGAAGGGAGCCUGCUCCAAUGGGUUUGCGAGGAUAAAAUCGCUGCAUGUCUUUGUGCUCUCAAGGCAGACAGCCGUAGUCAUGUAGCUGUUGGAAAAGGGGGCACGGUAGCCCUGCAUUGCCAUCAAAAGCACAAUUGAGCCUUAGUUAUUUUGUCUUUUAAGCACCCCAUACCUUGCAUGAUCCCCAUCACAGAGAGAGAAAGAGAAGCUUUAGUGGUCUGCGCAUGCUGGCCAGUAAGAGAAGUUUACUAAUGCCAGCGAUGUACCGUGCACCAUUGGAUUAGCGGCAGUUUGACAGCGAGUCACGCAGUAUGAGGCCAUUUCCUCCCUGCUGGGCUUCUGCUAUUUGAUGUUUGCAAAGUGAGAACGGUAUCACUGGGGGGCAGCACCAUGUGCCAUGGUAGCCCGAGCUGCACAGCCCACCUCGGACAAGCCUUCGCCACCUUCCCUGUAACCGAGUCUCGUCGUCAGAAAUUCAGUCGCAGGAAUUUUUCGGUGGUGACCUUGUCGAGAUCUGGCUCACUGAGUCUUGUGUGACUCAGCCCGCAGCUGGAGAGAUCUCUCUC